CCUCAGUCCGGCCGGGCCUCGCCUCGCCUCCGCGCCGCCAUGGAGUGCCCCCACCUGGGCUCCAGCGUCUGCAUCGCGCCCGGCUCGGCCCGGUUCCCUCAGGGCUCGCCCUCCUCCUGGUGCUGCAGCGUGUGCAGGUCUAACAAAAGUCCUUGGGUCUGUCUGACUUGCUCAAGUGUCCACUGUGGAAGGUAUGUAAAUGGACAUGCAAAAAAACAUUACGAAGAUGCCCAAAUUCCUUUAAACAACCAUAAGAAAACAGAAAAGCAUGAGAAAAUUCAACAUACAGUGUGCAUGGAUUGUAGUAGCUAUAGUACUUACUGUUAUCGCUGUGAUGACUUUGUCGUCAAUGAUACCAAGCUGGGCCUGGUACAGAAAGUCCGAGAACACCUACAGAAUUUGGAAAAUUCAGCUUUUACAGCAGAUCGACAUAGGAAAAGAAAACUUCUUGAAAAUUCCUCUCUAAAGAGCAAAUUAUUAAAAAUUAAUGGGAGCACAACAGCCAUGUGUGCCACAGGCCUUCGGAAUCUGGGGAAUACGUGUUUUAUGAAUGCAAUCCUUCAGUCCCUAAGCAACAUUCCACAGUUCUGCUGCUACUUCAAAGAGUUGCCUGCUGUAGAGCUUCGGAAUGGAAAGACCGCAGGCCGGCGAACUUACCACACUCGGAGCCAAGGAGAUAACAGUGUUUCUUUGGUGGAAGAGUUUCGUAAGACGCUCUGUGCCCUGUGGCAAGGGAGUCAGACCGCCUUCAGCCCAGAAUCACUGUUCUAUGUUGUUUGGAAAAUCAUGCCAAAUUUUAGGGGGUACCAGCAGCAAGAUGCCCAUGAAUUCAUGCGUUACCUUCUGGACCACCUGCACUUAGAGCUCCAAGGAGGCUUCAACGGCAUUUCACGCUCCAUCAUCUUGCCAGAGAAUUCUAGUAUUUCAGCGGGCAGUAGAUGCUGCAUAAAUGGCACUUCUACAGUGGUCACAGCUAUUUUUGGAGGCAUUCUUCAAAAUGAAGUCAAUUGUUUAAUCUGUGGGACGGAAUCCAGAAAGUUUGACCCAUUCCUAGACCUUUCUUUAGAUAUUCCAAGUCAAUUCAGAAAUAAACGUAGUAAGAACCAAGAAAAUGGACCAAGUUGCACAUUACGGGAUUGUCUUCGCAGUUUUACAGACCUGGAAGAGCUUGAUGAAACAGAACUGUACAUGUGCCACAAAUGUAAAAAGAAGCAGAAGUCCACCAAGAAAUUCUGGAUUCAGAAACUACCCAAGGUGCUGUGCUUGCAUUUGAAGCGCUUUCAUUGGACGGCAUAUCUGAGAAACAAAGUGGAUACCUACGUGGAGUUUCCCCUGAGAGGCCUAGACAUGAAGUGUUAUUUGCUAGAGCCAGAAAACAGUGGCCCAGAAAACUGCCUGUAUGACCUUGCGGCUGUGGUUGUGCAUCAUGGCUCAGGAGUUGGCUCUGGCCACUACACGGCGUAUGCAACGCGUGAAGGGCGCUGGUUCCAUUUUAACGACAGCACCGUGACGCUGACCGACGAGGAGACAGUGGCCAGAGCCAAAGCGUACAUCCUCUUCUACGUGGACCGGCAGGCCACGUCUGAAGCCGAGAAACUUUAAUGCCCCUCCCCACCUCUUGCGUGUCGUGGCCAGCGGACAGAACAUUUCCAGUCCUCCACCAAUACUUGAUCCAAGACUUUUGAUUUCAUUGUGCACUUUUCAAACUUCUCUUGGGUUCUAGUUUUCCUUUGUACGUAGUAGCAUUUGAUUCGUUCAAUGUGGAUGCAAGCUAACUUUUUUGUUAGUUACACUUUAGGGUGGGGGGAUGUGGAACCCUCAGCAGAUACUGAAUUUGCUGCUUCAACUAAAUUUUA